CUGUAAUAGGUUUGCUUUUGAAACGAAACAGGUAUAUAAUCGAACGUUGAAAAGGAAUGAACCUUCAGUGCAGUAUUAGUUCAGUUGAAAAGGACGGGCCUGAUAAAACGUUCAGUAUCUGAAGUUGGACUUAAGAUACUCUUAAGCAUGCUUCUCAAACAUAAGAAGUUUAUUUUUUUUAUCUGAAUCAAGCUGCGUGUUUUACUUUUAGAAUGAAACAAGUAUAUAAUUGAAAAGAAGAGGAAUAUAGUUCCAAUGCAGCACUAGUUGAGUUGAGAAGAACAGACUUGAUAAAACAAGCCGCGCAAUAUGCGAUGAUAAAUUUGAAUAUGACUAUGAACGUCACCCCCGAGCUCGCGUUUUGAGUUUUUUUCAAUUCAGUUUUUCUCUUCCGUCUUCUCUCUUUCUUGCGAUUUUGAAGGGGAUAGGCGGUGCGCACAUGAGGCGCGUUCGCAGAAAUUCGAUCGCGUGCGUGCGUACGUUCGAGAAAUCUUUCGCGCAAUUACGCAUCGUAUCGCGUCAUAGUAUGUCUUAUUUGCCGAUCGUACUGUUUGCUCGCUCGCUUGUUCUGCGACAUAAUACGAUUGUAAAAUUGCACGAUCGCCGAAGUUCUCCCAUGCAGGCGGGGGAGCUCUGUGUGCAGGUGGUUUAGUGCGUCUGCAUCUUGAGCUUAAUCCCGCGUGAUGCGUUUCCGGGUGGUGUCAAGCCUCAUCGAAUUGCCUCAUCGAGGUGUCGAGUCACGGAAUGAAACAGAGAAAGAAAAACAAAAAGCAGGAAAAGACGGGAUCGGCUUUUACGAUUCCACCGAAAACGCAUCAAGGCGCUCCUACGCGCGAUUGAUACUUUAUUGAGGGAUAACUUCAGAUAAUUCUUAUUUGCGGCCGUGCGGAUUAACGAAUACAAGACGGGCAGACAGAGAGCAGACAAUGCGGAAACCUGAGGACAUAAAGGAUUAUGAGGAUGUGCGUACAUUACAAAUGACGCACUGAUAAUUUUUUCAAACACAGAAAAGAGAGAAGAAAAAGCAUUGUUUAUUGUACGCUCUGGGAUACUCUCUUAAAACGUUUCGAUGAAAAAUAGGUUAUUAAUAGGUCAUAAAAAUAUUGAUAUGUACAAUAGGUUACAAAACGAUUUAGAUCAAGUUGAGAGCUUAGUGAACAGUCAAGAUUGAAAGUCAUGACUGACGUAUUUACGCAAUAAUAGUAAUAAUAAUACAAUUAAGAAUAUUAAAAAGUAAUAAUAUGGAUAAUAUAAUUAAUAAUAAUAAUGAAUAAUAUAAUUACUGAACAAGCUCGUCACACACACACCCAGCAAUAACUUUUUGGUUUUGACCUUCCGAUUUUGUGUCUAAAUCGUUUUGCAGUCCACUGCUCGUACAUAAGAAGCAUCUUAAAAAUUAGAUAAAAAACAAUAAAACAGAGAGAGAGAGAGAGAGAGAGAGAGAGAGAGAGAGAGAGAGAGACUGAAACUGAAAAAUGAACAAUUCGUCAUUUUUUCCAUUUAUACGUGGAAUUUCGUCGACGCGCAAUGAAUGAUCGGCGACAAUGAAGAAUCGUCAUAAAAGAGGACAGCACUACGAUCCAUUCCGCCGAACUCGCGGUGUGUGUUGUAAUUACGUACAAUCUCCUCUCUUCCUUUUGUCACGGCUCGUAACAGCGCGCUCUUAUCAGCGGAAUAUUGCUUCGAGAGGUAACUCACGUUGUGUGUGCGCGCACGUGUGUGUGCUUUUGAUUUCUAUCGAGCGGCGCGCUUACGCGGUAUCGUCGCGAUCACAGAAUAUAGAUAUAGAAAUAUACGGCGGCGUCACGUACGCCAUCCCGGGCGAUUCCGUGCGCGUCCAAAGGUCCAUCAAGGUUCUUGAGAAGCGACGACUUCGAGAUUCGCGACGGCGAAAGCAUCCCUCGUCCUCGAAUGGGAUUGCAGGAUUAUAUGUGGUCGAGAUACUUUUUCCAAUGUUUCCUGUUAAUCCAAAAUCCUCACGAAGACUCUCUGUUCGAGUAAAUUCUUCUUCCAUGCUCUUUCAACAGAAACAACUAAAAACAAACUGAAGCAGACACUUUCAUUCGACGCCUUGCAAUCCAGUAUGCGAUUUAUUUUUGCCAAUUAAGAAGACAAAUUUUUAUUGAUCAAGAACAAUACUCGUCAUAAAUGUCUGAAAAAGGACCUCUCAAAUCUAAUUGCAGCAACCGAAGUUAACUAACAGUUAAAUCAUAUGUCUUUGUCUUUCUUUCAAAAUAAACGAAGACAAACAUAUGAUUUAAUAAUUAGCUUAUCAUUCGGUUGGUUCGCGGAUUCCUUCAAAUUCGAAACAUUCGGCUCUAAAUCCUAAAUAAAAAUCCGAAUAUCUCUCACAUAAAAGAAAUUCCAAGUGUCAGCUAUUAAUAAUGCGGGUUUGAAAUAUGCUUUACAAAUAUGCUUUAUUCAUACUACUUGGAAAGAGAAAACAUCCUAUUAAACGUUGUAUGUACUUCGAAGAAAAACCUACUUCAUCUACCUACUUCGUCUACCAUUUUGUCCUAACGAUUUUAGAGCGGAUAUUAUUGGUAUUCUUUUCCCAGUCCUAUCGUGUCCUCGAUCUCCUAUAUAUUUCUGUCUAGUUAGUUUUUCGAGUGAAUCAUCCCUUUGCGGUCAAGCAGAGCAAUACAAGAUGGCGGUCGCCGGCAACGAUGGCUGACAAGGCCUCAUGGACAUGUCUCCAUUCCCUCGUUAUCUCCGGGACGUUAUCAUCGAACAAAUAAACGGACCUCUCCACGCAACCUUUUUCCCCCCGGACCGCGUGUCAUUUGCCCAGUCCGACUGGACAGAAUUACGAACAUGUCGUGUCCGUUGGAUUUUCUCAUCUUGUUUGUCGCCAUAAGCCGCAAGCCCACAGAGCAAACAACGGACGCGAUGAAAGAGACGGCGGUGAAGCAUGAGAUCAAGAUUGAGUGGGAGAGUCACGCGGAUGACAAUUCGCCGCAUGUGCAUGGGGCAGAGGAUCAGGUAACCGGGAGCCCUCAGAGCGUCAUCACGACGAGGAAGCACGUGAGAACGAUCACCACUGCUGGUCAUAUCGAGGAUAGCUCUGAGAUAGGCCCGGAAUCGCCGGAUUCUAAUUCGAUCACUGGAAAUCUUCAUCAGGGACUUCAUCAGCGGAACAACGAGCAACACGAACAGCAGCGCGGCUAUCAGGAGGAGCAAACUCAUCAAACGCAGGGCCAUUACGUUCAGAUCCCUCACGCAGGCGUAGUAGACGAUCAGCAACGAGCGACGGAUCAGCAACGCGUUCUUUAUGCCACUAGCAACGGCCAAGUUCAAGUUGAAGUCUCUGAAACCCAAGACGCUACUAUUACACUUACGGUCAAGGAACCACCCAGAUACGACACACCCGCGCCCGAUCGCAUGGAAGUGGACAGGAUUUAUGGCUAUUCGGACGGCCACGAUGUCCGAAGGGAGAACCAUGUGAUCACCGUGCAAGUGCCCGAUCAUCAUCGACGAGCGCAGCAGGCCGGACACGGCCAGAGAUUCAGUCCUCACGAGAACCACCAGGCGUCCGGGACGAGCAGCAAUAACGCCACCAGAUACCAGACGUCACCGGUGUUGGCUACGACGGAGGACUACGAUACGACGACGAUCGUGACACAGCCAGGAUCCGCGGUUCACCUGAGCUCACCCGCGCCGCCAUAUUCGCCGCCGAUCGAUGGUAUCCGCAGCGGCCAGCAGUCGCAGCCACAGCAACAGCAACCACCGCCGCAGCAGCUCGUGGCGACGAGCUACGCCGACGCCAACGCCGUCAAGUACGACGCUGAGGCCGCGGUGGCUGCGGAAAGCAUCAAGGCCUCCAACACGUACACCACCCUGGAGACGGUCGCUAUUCCGCCCACGCAGACUGUGCAGUACACGCAGUAUCUGUCGGGUAACGAGAGCUUCCAGCAGGCGCCGACCUACAGCUACACCAAGCCAAGCGAUUCCGUGAUACUGGCGUAUCCGCCAGCGACACCGCUGGGCUCGAGGCCCGCCGAGGUGGAAUCACCUGGCAACACGUAUAUGAAGGGUGAUCCUACGCUAGCGUCGUCCCUAACCGCAACCCGGGCGGUUCCGUUGCACUAUGAGCAACCAGGCUCGCCGAAUUCGCAAGUGACACUCUACAGCGCGGCUCCAUCCUACCAGUACGUGAAGCCGCCGCCGCCGCCGUCGUCGAGCGACCCUUACUGGACGACCGGCACACCCUCGCCUCCGACUCUGGAAUACGUGCAGAGCUACUCGGGCAUCACCGCCAUCUCCGUCAGUGACGCCACUAACAUGCAACUCUACUCCGGUGGUGGUUACAGUGUCACGAGCAACGGGCCUCCAUCCGCGUGGACGACCCUUCCUUUAUCUGGAGCUGAUGAGGCAUUCGAUGGUGCCGUCAUAACGUCCGAUCCAAAGGAAUGUGUCAAUUGUGCGGCGAAUUUGACGCCGUUGUGGCGACGAGAUGGCACCGGUCAUUACCUGUGCAACGCCUGUGGACUUUACAGCAAGAUGAAUGGAAUCAACAGGCCACCGAUGAGAUGUCCGAAACCGAAGCAGUCGGUUACGCCGGUAAACAUUACGGGCGUACGAAGAACGGGGGUGCAGUGCGCAAAUUGCAAGACGAGCAACACCACGCUCUGGAGACGAAACAACAGCGGCGAGCCGGUCUGCAACGCCUGCGGCCUUUACUUCAAAUUACACAAUAUGAACAGGCCUCUGAGCAUGAAGAAGGAUGGAAUACAGACACGCAAAAGGAAACCAAAGACUCACACGAUUGGCGGUAGUCUACCUGCGACCACUGGUUUACACAAGGCCGAUAUCAAGCCCAAUCUACUCGUGGACUCGUUGCAGUUGAACGUGUAUGCUUGCGGGGGUGGGGGUGGUGGAGGGGUCGAAGAGCAUUGUCUUCCUGUAGGUACACCGUCUGGAACACAAUUAGGGCAUGCACACUCGCCCCUCGCAUUACCUACCGCCGCCGUGUUGAAUCGCCAAACCACCCUUACCGUGCCACCACUAGAACCAAUCACUAGUCAAUCCAGCAGCGAUCUUGCCUCGGUUAUAACGUCAACAACCACCGCUCACACCGAGGGAUCAUAGAAAAAGGAUCACUUUUAGCACAGCUGUUCAGUUAUUGCGAAUUCGAAAUUAUGUCUAGGAAACAAUUAUUGAGAUGUGUGUUCCUACCGCUUAUUUAUAUUUAUUAUUAAGCAUUUUAGUUUUACCUAACAGUUCGCGUUUCAGCUUAUAAAAAUAAAAGCGUACGCGUUUAUUUUACUCUUCUUUCUCUUUGACCGCACUUAUCGAGAUCAACCGACCUUUGCAAAUAAUGGAAACAUGCUUUGUAGAACAGGCGUAAUCUCGAUAAAAUUUUCUAGUAUGAUUUUCUGUCUACGCAAUUUUGUACAUAUGCAAUUAUAUCACGUGGUCCAAAGAUAUACAUACACCUAUACAUAAGGAUAUAUUUUAAUUAUUUCCAAAGAAUUAUAUAGAGUGUCCCGAAACUACCGGAUGUUAUUUUAAUGGCAGAUUCUUUAGAACAUUUUAAAACGAAAACUUCCAUACAAAAAUGUCGAGGCUAUAAUAGUUUUCAAAUAUGGUAAUAUCAAUGAUAACACGAAUGAGCUUUCGAAAAAAGAAGAUGGUGGGAAUAUUGAACAUUAGCUACAAGACUAUGAUAAAUGCACCUUGAACACAGGAUGGUGAAUGAACUAGUGAUCGUGUAUUAUGACAAAGUUAUUGUAAAUUUAUACAAUAAUCAUGAAUAUCGUAAAAAAAGUGACAUUCAUAGGAGCAACUUUAUCACUUGUCAUUUCCACGUGCCUGAGCGCGCGAAAUCUCAGCCCUGUUAUUGGUGAAAUAUAAUCGCUU